AUGUCUGGCUACAACCAAGGCCAGGGCCAUUACGAUGAGGGCUAUAGCCACCAGGGCCACCAGCCCCACGGCGAUGCGGCUCAUGGUGAUGCUGCUCAUGGCGAUGGCUACUACCAAGACGAACAUGGCAGUUAUUAUGAUCAGAAUGACUAUUCUCACUAUGGGGAUGGCUACUACGACCAAAGUGGCUACUAUGGCGAGCACCAAGGUGGAGGAGGCUAUUACGAGGGUGGUGGCGGCGGCCACGAUAAUUACUACAAUGACCAAUACUACGAUCAGGGUCACGGUGGACAGGGAGACUACGCCCAAGGUGGACGUGGUCGCCGCCGCAACGGAGAAUCCGAAGAGGACUCGGAAACAUUCAGCGACUUUACCAUGAGAUCUGAGACUGCCCGCGCUGCUGACAUGGACUACUAUGGCCGUGGUGACGAACGCUACAACAGCUACAACGAUAGCCAGAUGGGAGGCAAUGGAUACGGCUACCGACCCCCGUCUUCGCAGAUUUCGUACGGCGGAAACCGUUCAUCUGGUGCAUCGACUCCUGUGUACGGAAUGGAGUACGGAAACGCCCUUCCAGCUGGUCAACGCUCUCGUGAACCAUACCCAGCCUGGGCUUCGGAUGCCCAAAUUCCUUUGUCGAAAGAGGAAAUCGAGGAUAUUUUCCUCGACCUGGUCAACAAGUUCGGUUUCCAGCGAGACAGCAUGAGGAACAUGUUCGACCAUUUGAUGACUUUGCUGGACUCUCGUGCCUCUCGUAUGACUCCCAACCAAGCUCUCCUCUCCCUGCAUGCCGACUAUAUUGGUGGUGACAAUGCGAACUACCGUCGCUGGUAUUUUGCCGCCCACUUGGAUCUCGACGAUGCCGUCGGGUUUGCCAACAUGACUUUGGGCAAAGGCAACCGGAGGACAAGGAAGGCUCGUAAGGCUGCAAAGAAGGCAGCACAGCAAAACCCCGAGAAUGAGGAGGCUACUCUGGACGCAAUGGAAGGAGACAACAGUUUGGAGGCGGCAGAGUACCGCUGGAAAUCGCGCAUGAACCGCAUGUCUCAACAUGAGCGCGUCCGCCAAAUCGCCCUGUACCUGCUCUGUUGGGGCGAGGCCAACCAAGUCCGAUUUACCCCCGAGUGUUUGUGCUUCAUCUUCAAAUGUGCCGACGACUACUUGAACUCGCCAGAGUGUCAAAACCGGGUCGAGCCGAUUGAAGAAGGCAGCUAUCUCAACAAUGUCAUCACACCUAUUUAUCAAUAUCUUCGCGACCAAGGUUACGAGAUUCUUGAGGGCAAAUAUGUUCGUCGCGAACGUGAUCAUAACAAGAUCAUCGGCUAUGACGAUAUAAACCAGCUUUUCUGGUAUCCGGAAGGCAUUGAGAGAAUCAUCCUAGAAGACAAGACUAGACUGGUGGAUAUCCCUGCAGCUGAGCGAUGGGAUAAACUCAAGGACGUCAACUGGAAAAAAGUCUUCUUCAAAACCUACAAGGAGACGCGAUCCUGGUUCCAUAUGGUUACCAACUUCAACCGAAUCUGGGUUAUUCAUUUGGGAGCCUUCUGGUUCUUCACCGCUUAUAACUCCAAGGCACUCUAUACCAAAGACUAUCAACAGCAGAAAGACACCCAGCCCCCUGGUUCCUACGUUUGGUCUGCCGUCGCCCUUGGUGGCGGUAUUUCUUCCCUCAUCCAAAUCUUUGCGACUUGCGCUGAAUGGGCGUACGUUCCGCGAAAGUGGGCUGGUGCUCAGCACCUGACCAAACGCCUUCUGUUCCUUCUUGCUGUCUUCGCUGUCAAUGUUGGUCCUAGUGUGUACGUCUUCGGAGUUUCUAAAAAUGGCCGUGACACUAUCGCCUAUGUUCUCGGUAUAGUCCAAUUCUUCAUCGCUCUAGCAACAUUCUUUUUCUUCUCCAUUAUGCCUCUUGGUGGGCUUUUCGGGAGCUACAUGAAGAAGAAUACCAGACAGUACGUUGCUAGCCAGACAUUUACUGCCAGUUUCCCUAAAUUGACUGGCAACGGCAUGUGGAUGUCGUAUGGCCUGUGGGUGUGUGUCUUUGCUGCCAAAUUGGUUGAAUCCUACUUCUUCCUUACCCUGUCGUUCAAGGAUCCUAUUCGUAUUCUGUCUCCGAUGAAAAUUCGUCACUGUCUUGGUGACACCUACAUCCCCGAAAGCCUCUGCAAAGCCCAGCCUCAGAUUCUUCUUGGUCUUAUGUUUUUCACCGACUUGACACUGUUCUUCCUGGAUAGUUACCUUUGGUACAUUAUCUUGAACACCGUCUUCUCUGUCGCUAGAUCCUUCUACUUGGGUGUGUCCAUCUGGAGUCCUUGGAGGAACAUUUUCUCCCGUCUACCUAAGCGAAUUUACUCCAAGGUUCUGGCCACAACGGAUAUGGAAAUAAAGUACAAACCUAAGGUCCUUAUCUCACAAGUUUGGAACGCCAUUGUUAUUUCCAUGUAUCGAGAGCACUUGUUGGCCAUCGACCACGUCCAAAAGCUUCUUUACCACCAGGUGCCGUCGGAACAGGAAGGAAAGCGAACCCUACGCGCACCGACCUUCUUCGUCUCUCAAGAAGAUCAUUCUUUCAAGACCGAGUUUUUCCCGGCCCAGAGUGAAGCUGAGCGUCGUAUUUCUUUCUUCGCCCAGUCGCUUUCAACUCCUAUCCCAGAGCCUCUUCCAGUCGACAACAUGCCAACGUUCACAGUUUUGAUUCCCCACUACAGUGAAAAAAUACUGCUUUCGUUGCGUGAGAUUAUUCGUGAAGAUGAACCGUACUCCCGAGUGACCAUGCUUGAAUACCUCAAGCAGCUACAUCCACACGAAUGGGAUUGCUUUGUCAAGGAUACCAAGAUACUCGCAGACGAAACCUCUCAGUUCAAUGGUGAAUAUGAUAAAAACGAGAAGGAUGCCGCCAAGAGCAAAAUUGAUGACCUGCCCUUCUAUUGCAUUGGUUUCAAGUCUGCCGCUCCUGAGUACACCCUUCGCACUCGUAUCUGGGCUUCUCUCCGUUCUCAAACCUUGUAUCGUACCAUCUCCGGCUUCAUGAAUUACAGCCGUGCCAUCAAGCUUUUGUACCGUGUGGAGAACCCAGAAGUCGUCCAAAUGUUCGGUGGCAACUCCGACAAGCUUGAACGAGAAUUGGAGAGAAUGGCUCGUCGCAAGUUCAAGAUUUGUGUUUCCAUGCAAAGAUAUGCCAAGUUUAACAAAGAAGAGCGAGAAAACACCGAGUUCCUCCUUCGUGCCUAUCCCGACCUACAAAUUGCUUACCUGGAUGAAGAGAUUCCUGAAACCGAAGGCGAAGAACCAAAACUGUACUCCGCUCUGAUUGAUGGUCACUCUGAACUUUUGGAAAAUGGAAUGCGCAAGCCCAAGUUCCGUGUCCAGCUCUCAGGAAACCCCAUUCUCGGUGACGGCAAAUCUGACAACCAGAAUCACUCUAUCAUCUUCUACCGCGGUGAAUACAUCCAACUCAUCGAUGCCAAUCAAGACAACUAUCUCGAAGAGUGCUUGAAGAUUCGAAGCGUCCUUGCUGAGUUUGAGGAGAUGACCACUGACAAUGUGUCCCCCUACACUCCUGGUCUCCCCACUGCCAACUCAAACCCUGUCGCUAUUCUUGGUGCCCGUGAAUACAUUUUCUCCGAGAACAUCGGUAUCCUCGGUGACGUUGCCGCUGGUAAGGAACAGACUUUUGGAACACUUUUCGCUCGUACCCUGGCCGAGAUUGGAGGCAAACUUCACUACGGCCAUCCUGAUUUCUUGAACGGUAUUUUCAUGACUACACGUGGUGGUGUCUCAAAGGCUCAGAAAGGUCUCCACCUCAACGAAGAUAUCUACGCUGGUAUGAACGCAAUUCUCCGUGGUGGUAGGAUCAAACACUGCGAGUACUUCCAAUGUGGUAAAGGUCGUGAUUUAGGUUUCGGCUCCAUUCUCAACUUUACUACAAAGAUUGGUACUGGUAUGGGAGAACAGAUGUUGUCUCGUGAAUACUAUUAUCUUGGCACCCAGCUUCCUCUGGAUCGGUUCCUCUCUUUCUACUACGCUCACCCUGGGUUCCACAUUAACAACAUGUUCAUCAUGUUGUCGGUGCAAAUGUUCAUGAUUACCAUGAUUAACUUGGGUGCCUUACGCCAUGAGACUAUCCUUUGCCAUUACAACUCUGAUGUUCCGAUCACUGAUCCCUUGUUGCCGACGGGUUGUUCUAAUCUGGUCCCCAUCACGAACUGGGUCAACCGUUGUAUCGUUUCUAUCUUCAUCGUGUUCUUUAUCUCCUUCGUUCCUCUAGUCGUCCAGGAACUGACCGAAAGAGGUUUCUGGCGCGCAGCCACUCGUCUUGCUAAGCAAUUUGGCUCUUUGUCAUUCAUGUUCGAAGUGUUUGUCUGCCAGAUUUACGCCAAUUCCAUUCAGCAGGAUCUUUCAUAUGGAGGUGCCCGAUACAUCGCUACUGGUCGUGGUUUCGCCACUGCUCGCAUUCCCUUUGGCCUCCUUUACUCUCGAUUCGCUGGUCCGUCUAUUUACCUCGGAGCUCGCUCUCUGCUUAUGCUUCUCUUCGCCACCAGUACAAUGUGGACGGCGGCUUUGAUUUGGUUCUGGGUUUCCCUUUUGGCGUUGUGCAUCUCGCCGUUCCUUUUCAACCCACAUCAGUUCGCCUGGCACGAUUUCUUCAUCGACUACCGUGACUAUCUCAGAUGGCUCUCUCGUGGUAACUCAAGGUCUCACAGCUUCUCCUGGAUUGGUUUCUGUCGACUCUCCCGUACCAGGAUCACCGGAUAUAAGCGUAAAGUUCUAGGUUCACCUUCAGAGAAGCUAUCGGGUGAUGUUCCACGUGCUCGUAUUACCAAUAUUUUCUUCACCGAAGUCCUUGGCCCGCUUGUUUUGGUUGCUGUGACCUUGGUUCCCUACCUUUACAUCAAUGCCCGAACCGGUGUAAAACCAGACAGCAACAACAAACACACGUCGUCCUUGCUUCGCGUUGGUAUCGUCGCUCUUGCCCCCAUUGCUGUCAAUGCUGGUGUUGCGGGUGCCAUGUUUGGAAUGGCUUGCUGCAUGGGUCCGCUUUUGAGUAUGUGCUGUAAGAAAUUUGGAGCUGUCCUCGCUGCCAUCGCCCAUGGUGUUGCUGUCGUCAUUCUUCUCGUGGUAUUUGAGGUCAUGUUCUUUUUGGAAGAAUUUAACUUCCCUCGCUGCGUCUUAGGAAUGAUUGCUAUGGCUGCCAUUCAACGAUUUGUGUACAAAUUGAUUAUUUCUCUCGCAUUGACCAGAGAAAUGAAGCAUGACCAAUCCAACAUUGCUUGGUGGACAGGAAAAUGGUACAACAUGGGUUGGCACUCGAUGUCCCAACCCGGCCGUGAGUUCCUCUGUAAGAUCACGGAACUUGGCUAUUUUGCUGCCGACUUUGUCUUGGGCCAUGUCCUUCUUUUCUUGAUGCUUCCGGCUCUUUCCAUUCCAUACGUCGACAAGUUCCAUUCGGUCAUUCUUUUCUGGCUCCGUCCCAGUCGUCAAAUCCGUCCGCCUAUUUAUUCUUUGAAGCAAUCUAAGCUUCGUAAACGCCGCGUUAUCCGUUAUGCGAUUAUGUACUUCUUUUUGCUUGUUAUCUUCGUCCUUCUCGUUGCCGGUCCUCUCAUCGCCCGGUCGCACAUUGACAUGAGCUCCUUCGAGAAAAAACUUUCUAGUAACAGCCUUUUGUCGGGACUCAUGCAGCCUCUGGACAACAACGGCGCAAACAAUGAUACUUGGACCGGCAAGACUGGUAACAACCUUCCUGGUGACAACACCGGUGCCGCGAGCAUUCCUGUCAAUGAGCUCUGGACACAAAGCACCAGCACAAGUACUGCCGGUGCGAAGAUGAUGUUUGUUUUGUAA